AUGUACAUAUAUCGUGACCUAGAAGCCGUCACACUGUCCCGGAUUCUUCGCAAACAUUUAUUUGUAUCGAAUUCAAAAUGGCCAAAAUCACGAAUACGUUACGAAGCCUGCUUGCCGUUGUAUUAUGGAGUUGGUGGUCGUUUUAUACGCCUGGAACGUGCCCCGCCGUUGGGCUUUAAAUGUUCACCAAGACCCAUAAACUUAAGGGAAGCACAAGCUCUUGUGGAAUAUGAGGAGAAAUUGGCCAAAAUGGAGGCCAGGCUACAAAAACAACAGGAAAAGGCUGCUGAGGCGGAGGCAAAUGGUGGGGAUAUUAAGAAGAAGAAAAAGAAGGGUCGCAUGAAAUGA